AUGCCAUCGGGGGCCGUGAUCGCCGUCGCCCAUACAGCGAUUGUUGCUGUCGUUAUUGAGGGUUCUCUGCUCAGCGAAGAAUUAUCGGCCAACGAGGCUGAGGCCUUCGACGCCACCGGCACGCUGCCUCUGGGCCGAGGGGUCUACACGUUGGAGGGCGCGGACUCAGGCCGGGUGGCCGUGGCGCCGGUGGUGAUUGCCGCUGAUAACUGA